UCCUUCUAAGUGUUGUUUAAAAUCAUUAUACUUUAACAAAAUGAAUCAACAUUUCUUUGAAUGAUAGAGACUUAAUAGUUAUGUUUGCAUAGUUUGAUGCUAUAGUGAUCAGGUAUUGUAAAAGCCUUCAAAAAUGGGAUGCUUGGUGUCAACUCCAAAGGACUCUGGUGGAAAUAGAAGGAAGCCAGGAAGUAUUGGAGAAGUUUCAGUAUAUGUUCCUGGUUUAAGAAUUCCUAAACCUGUUGAUUUUGCUCAAUUACUCGGUGAUUAUUUGUCGAAGAAUAUAAUCGAACGCCUAUCUGCUCUUAGAACACGGAUAGUUGUAAUGGCUAGUCAAGAAGGUCCUACAAUUACAAGAACAAAAAGAAAAAGUGUUACUCAACAUGGUGGUUCGACGCUGGCUGAUCUUUUGCAGGCUCUUGAAGAUUACUUGCCUGUUCUUCUAGGAUUAAUUAAAGAUGGAAGCCAUUUACAAUACAAAGUACAAUUUAUUUGGGUGAAUCAAGAGGAUGAUAAAGAGGAAACAGCCACGUCUAAUGCUUGGUAUGAAGUAUUGUCAGUUUUGCAUUUGAUGUCAAUGCUAUUACUGUCACAGGCUAAUUUGUUGCUGCUUCCAAGAUCAUCUAGUGAUGGUCAUCAGCAUAAAGUAUCAGAUGAAAGCAGAAGAGCUUCUAUUGAUAUCUUCUUAAAAGCAGCUGGAUAUCUGGAUUGUGCGGUCAAACAUGUUCUUCCACAGCUACCUGCAGAACUCAGGAGAAACUUACCGGUUGAUCUAGCGGAAGGAGUUCUACGAGCACUCUCUCUACAAGCAUUAGGACAGGGUGUAGAUAUACAACUUGGAAUGGCAAUUGAUAGUUCUAAAGCAACUCUUGCGGUAAAGCGUAGACUUGCAUGUGAGAUGUUGAAAUGUUGGCAACAGGCUCAAGAUAACAUUAUGAACCUUCCAUUAACAAAUGGUUGGGGUGAAAAACAUCACUUUUUUGUGAAAUGGAAAUAUGUUGAAGCUAAGGCUGCAGCAUAUUAUUAUCAUGGUUUGAUUCUUGAUGAGGGAAAUACAGAAAAAUCUCAUGGGAUGGCUGUAGCUGCAUUGCAAGCAGCAGAUGAAUAUUUCAAAGAAAGCAAGAAGUUGUGUGAGGCAUUCAACAUGGCACCUCCAUUGUCAAGAAACCCACCACUUUGGGGGACCAUGAAAUAUCUCUCAGAAAAAAUUCCAAAAGAUACAUCAAGCAAGGUGCGAAUAAACCGUGAUCUGUACACUCACGAAAGGAUCAUGGAGACAGCUCCAACAUUGCCUGAAUUUUCCUUGGCCUUGAAACCAGAUGAAUAUCAACUUCCUCAAGUAGACCCUUCUUGGAGAACAGAGAACAUAAAAGUGACACAAACUCAUCCGAACCAUCUCAAUGGUGACAAAUGACAAAACACUAUGUAUUUGCAAAUUUCCAAGAAAUGUUGGCCAGCUUAAAAGAUGAAAGUCAAAGAAGGGUUUAUUUUUUUGCAUUCUAAUCAAUAGAACAAUAAAUUAGUUUUUUUCUUCUAGUUUAUUCAUUUUUUAUUGUACUUUUAUAUAUUGAUACUUUCUCUCUAACUUUACAUAUUUUGAAAGAUACCAUGCAAAUAUCAGUUGCAUAUUUUCUUAAAAAA